AAUAAGCAAAAGCCAGUGACGCGACACGUGGAGCUUCCUCCUCCGUCGGAUGGUCAAAGGAUUUGGCAGUGACAGACAGAUUUUGCUGUUCCCCCACGCACACACACGAAACAAAACACCGUCCCACGAAACAAACAUUGAAACACUCUGAGUUUGAGUCUGAGAGUGUGUGUGUGUGUGAGAGUGAGUCACAGCAACAAACAAAGCCAGUCUGUAUUCUAAUUCUAAUUCUCGCACAACAACAACUCAUAAAUGAGGUUUCAACAGUAGAGUGGAUGGGUGCAGUUGUCAUGGCGGCGUAGCAGAGCCACGCUCUAAUUCCGUGCCAUAAUUGCUUCAACGGAAUUCAAUUAACCAACACACAUCACCCUAUUUUUCCUUUUUUUUUUUUUUUUUAUUUGUGUGUUUUAAGAAACAGUUUUCCUCAAAAGCUGCGAAAAAAAACCCAACCAGAUCAGAAGAUCAUACUUGAGACGCCCCCACACGGCCUUUCCACAGUGACAGACCCAGAGUCAACAAAAAAAAAAAAAAAAAAGUUCCAGUGGGUGAAAAAUAAUAAUAAUUAUUAUUAUUAGCGAGGAAAUUAAAUUAAAGACACAGUUGUGUUUAUAUAUAAAGGUGAGAAGAACUGUUUUCAAGAUUCGCGAAGGUUCUUCUUCUGAUAUGGAUAUUAUCUCUGAAUUGGGGAUCGUAGAGUGCAGCAACAGCAACACAUGGCUGGGUUCUUCUCUCUAGGAGGAAGGCAGAACAAGGCGGAAGAAGAAGAGGAACAAAGAGAAGACAACGUGAACGCCGCUGGUAACAGUAACAGUCAAUUUUUGUUCAGAAACGAGGAGAUCUACAACAAGGGAUUCGAGAUAUGGCCACAGCCACAAUCCUCGUACCACCACAACUUGACCAACUACUACUCCUUCGGUGUGGGACCUAGUCGCAGGAACAGCACCACCAACAACAACAACGAUACCUCCUCCAACGUAAACGACGACGUUUCCGUCUCUUUCUCGGAUGAGUCGAACCGGUUCGGGUUCACCGUGAUGAGGUCCGGCGGCGUGGGUGGCGGCAUGAACUGUCAGGACUGCGGGAACCAAGCCAAGAAAGACUGCGCUCACCUCAGAUGCAGAACCUGCUGCAAGAGUCGAGGGUUUCAGUGCCAAACGCACGUUAAGAGCACUUGGGUUCCCGCUGCCAAACGCCGCGAACGACAGCAACAACUCGCCUCGUUGCAGCACCAACAAAAUCAACCGCCGCAGUUUCGCGGCGGAGACCACUCCAAACGACACAGAGACAACAUCGAAGGCGCUGCUUCUCUCGCUUGCGCCCCAGUUCCUAUCACCACCACAGGGUUGGAGCUGGGGCAGUUUCCACCGGAGCUAAACUCUCCGGCGGUGUUCCGGUGUGUGAAGGUGAGUGCAAUGGACGCAGCGGACGAGCGUUACGCGUAUCAAACGGCGGUGAACAUAGGAGGACACGUGUUCAAGGGAAUUCUCUACGAUCAAGGAGUGGAGGGUCCUUAUAGUGCAGGUUGCGAGGGUUCCUCCGGUGGUGGCGGCGGCGAACCUCAGCCGCUAAGUCUCAUAGCCGCCACAGCCACCGCCACCACAAGCGGAAACCCUUUCGAUCCUUCGCUCUACACGGCUCCGCUCAAUGCUUUCAUGGCUGGUACGCAAUUCUUCCCACCCCCGAGAUCUUAAGGACGAUUCUCUCUCUCUUCAUCUUCUCUAUCUAAUAAUAAUUGAAAGUUGAAACCGGGUAUUUGUUUUUCAUGGACUCUUAUUAUGGUUAUGGUUGUUGUUGGAUAUUAUAUGUGCAUCUUGUUAAGUUCUUAACAUCAGCUGAAGUAGCUGCUAUUACUAGCUAGACUAGUUAUUAAGAGUUCAGAAAUGAUUACGUCGAGUCGACGAUCGAUGAUUCACGAAAUUAAAGUGGGGCUGGGAUUCUUGUUUUGUUUUGUUUUAAUUUUUGUCCGAAUCUCAGUUCAGAUUUUCAUGUGGCUUUGUUGUUAUCGAAAUACUCACUUCUCAUUCUCAA